UCCUCACCAUCGCCCAUCUUCUCCUCCCAUCACAAUGAGUGACGACAUCAUCUGGACAGUCAUCGGUCAUGGGCACUGCAGCUACAAGCUCAAGUCAGCAACCCACAACACCUUCUGCCGCAACGCAUACAAUCUCACUGGGCUAUGCAAUCGUCAAUCGUGUCCCCUCGCCAACUCCCGAUAUGCAACUGUUCGCGAACACGAGGGGAAAGUCUACCUCUAUGUAAAGACGGCAGAGCGAGCCCAUUCUCCAGCAAAGAUGUGGGAGCGUAUCAGGCUCAAUAGCAACUACUCGAAAGCAUUGGAGCAGAUCGAUCAGGAGCUCCCUUACUGGUCCAACUUUGUGGUGCACAAGGCAAAACAGCGCCUGACGAAGAUCACGCAGUACCUCAUCAAGCUGCGUAAGAUCCGUCUCAAAGAAGAGGAGCAGCCCAAGCUCGUCGGCAUCAAUCAGAAGACGGAGCGACGAGAGGCCACGCGAGAACAGAAGGCACUUCGAGCUGCAAAGCUGGAGAAGAGCAUCGAGCAGGAGUUGCUCAACCGUCUCAAGUCGGGUGCAUAUGGCGAUGCGCCAUUGAAUGUGAAUGAGGACGUUUGGCAGUCUGUGUUGGAGGGGAGGAAGCGCAAGGAAGCAAACGCAGAGGAGGAGGAUGGGCUGGACCUGGUCGAUGAGGAGAGCGACGAGGAGGAUGAACAGCUGCUCAGUGAUAUGGAGCGCGAGUGGGAGGAGGAGGAAGGUGUAGGGGAACGUGAUUUCGUUUCAGAUGAUGAUGAGAGCGACGAGGACGACGAGGACGAUAUGGAAGACGGCUUCUACGGCUCGUCAGGGGAGGAGGGAGACAGUGUGGAUGGAGCAGAGGAGAGUGAUGCCGAGGACGACGACGAUGACGACGAAGCCUCCGCCAAAGGUCCAUCUGCGGCAGGCUCAAAGCGCAAGCAGCCAUCAUCGAGCGCAGGAGCACGGCCAUCCAAGGCAGCGCAGGGCAAGAAGGGCAAGAGGCCUCGUGGAGGCAAGCCAGGCAUCGAAGUCGAGUACGAAGAAGAGAGGGAGACUCAGCCUCUCUCGAGGGAGGAGCUUGCCAACUGGUAGCCUGGCACCAAGGCAUCAUCGGUCGUCUUUUCAAUUAUGUACAUUACAGAAUUACCAAGAGCAUCAUUACAUACAUGCGAUCACCGCAUCUAGUCCUGCC